AUGCCGCUCGCUCAUCUCCCUUUGUCCCCCCCCCGUCCUCCCAGACGAAGAAGGAGGAAGGGGGGGCCGGACGGGGCCCUGGUAAGGCCGCCCGGCUACCGCGCAGCCUGGGACGACUGCGGCGGCGUGGGUGCUUCCGCCACGGAGCGCAUGCGGUCCAUCUCGGCCAGGAUCAAGGGCUGGGCCAAGCCGCUGCCCUUCCAGCGCCACGCGGCGCAGGACUGCGGGCACGCCGCGGCCGACGAGUUCGGCACGCUGCCCGGGCCGGGGCAGCAGGUCAACUACCCAGGGCCAGAGGUGCACGCUGCGCAGGACGCCGGCCUGAAGACCGCGGCCGACACGCUCGCCAAGUACCCGCUCGUGGCCAAGUAGGUCCCGGCCAGGGCCGAGCGCGCAGUGGGACUCCGUGGGCUGCGGGCCAGCGGGGCCGGGAGGCCGCACGGCUCGUGGCCGCCGCCGCGGCCCUGCGCAGCAUGGUGACCUCCGUCGACAUUGCCUGGGGAUCUCCCCUUCGCAGGUGUGCCGCGCGUGCA